UACGUCGGAACUCCUCGAUGUUAUUCCAUGAUCGUGUAUUGCCUGAUGACCCAGUUUUUCUCCUGCAUGUCAAUAUUUGAAGAACGCGUCCAUACCAAACUGUGUUAGGAGUGUUUGCAAUAGUUUGUAAGGAUAUGGUGGAAUAUUGGGAUAGCAGAAAUGAAAUUCAUCGUAUUUAUUUUGUUCUAUAUUUUAACAACAUGUGCGAACUCUGCGCUUCUGGGCGAUGAAGUGCCAAAAGACACGGGUGCCUUGUCCAUUACGAGGACGGGGCCCUGUUCGGCAAAAGUGAAAGGCUAUGGAGAAAUUAACCUGGAACCACUGAAGAGGAGCGAUGGUCUUGCAAGUUUUUACUCCACAUUUAAACACUACGGAGAGUCAUACAAUUAUACAUAUAAUCCAUGCCAGCCUUUCAAUGAGCCGCUGAACCCUCACCAAGAUGACAGUAAAAGAUUUGGAGAUGGAUGCACAUAUGUCACGCUCUGCAAGUUUAUAUAUGAGGCUAGGCGAUAUUUUUAUUAUCCUUAUGGGGUUCAGAAUGAAGAGAGCCCCAGGUUUUCAGGAGAAGUGGACAGAACUACUAGCGAACCCUCAGUAGUUAUGACAUAUUCGGGAGCUAGGUCGAUGUCAGUCAAGAAAAGUCGCAUUUACUUAAAAUGUAACCACAGCUUACACAAUGUGGAAGAUGCACGUUUUGUCAUCAGAAUGGAUGAUCCCAGAAUUGGAGUGGAAGCGGAGCUUCAUCAUGUGUGUUCCUGUCCUAAUGGUUGUGCUGAAGGAAAGCUACCCCUGGUUGUUGGAUCAGAAGUGGAACUUGAUGAUGGGAGAACUGACUCAGGGAUCAACAAGAAAAGCAGCAGCAAUAAAAUUCUGCUUAUCCUAGGAGUGAAUCUCGGAAUCUUGGUGCUCGCAGGGUGUGUAGGAAUCACAUGUUACAAAAAACGCUCCAACCUCCAGUUCUAUUACAAACUCCCAGGUGUUCAAGCCACAGCUGCCCCUGUACCAAGUCAUGUGAUUGCCAUGGGAAGUAAUGAUUUCCUACAAGAUUCUGGGAAUGGUGGACCUCGUCCUCAAUCAGCUGCAACAUCUGAGCCACGGCCGUCUGCUUACAGAGACUAUGAGCCAGAGAAUGACAGGUCCAAGAGUAAAAAGAUGAGCAUUCCAGUUCUUGAAAACUGUCUCAUCUCUAAAGAAUCCUUACAGCUGUCUCAGAGACUUGGAGGAGGGAUCUAUAGUGACACCAAUGUCGGGGAAUAUUGCGGACUGAAGGUGGCAGUGACCAGAAUUACUUUAAAUGUCCAUGAGAACCAGAUCAGUCAGGAAACAUUAAACUGGAUGAAAGAGGAAGUAUGGGGACUAAGUCGCCAGAGACAUCGUUACAUAGUGUCUAUGAUGGGCAUCUGCACAGAGAACCGAUUUCCUUAUAUUAUAUCAGAGUAUGUGGAUGGACAGAGUGUCAAGUAUUACAUAGACAAUAGAUCAGAAUCCCUCACUUGGCCUCAGAGAGUUAAAAUAUGUAUGCAAGCAGCUGAUGGAAUGGCAUAUCUACAUUCAUUCAAACCACCCAUUCUUCAUCGAGAUCUACGAUGUGCCAAUAUUUUCAUUAGUAACCAUGAUGUUGUCAAGGUGGCUGACUUUGGCCUUAUAAAAUUGAUACAGCCACUUAGAAUGCUUUGUGAUCAAGAACAGUGUUGUUGUCAAGGACAGUUCAGUGGCUGUCCCUCCUCUCUUCGUUGGACAGCCCCGGAGGUUAUACAAAACCCCAAGGCUCUAGAAGCAAACCCAGACUCACCCCAUACUAUUUACUCAGAUGUGUACUCGUUUGGAAUGUGUAUGUGGGAGCUGGCGGUGUAUGAGGACCCGUUUGGAGACAUCACAGAACAAGAGGUGAUGGAGAUUGUGAGGCAGGGGACAAGACCUGAUUCUUUACCCAGUGGGACAUCAGUAGAGAUGUUGCCACAGUAUAAGGUGCUCAUGCAUACCUGCUGGAAUGCUAAUCCUGACAAUCGGCCCAAGUUCACACAAGUUGCCACAAGGUUAAAAGAAAUUCUGUCCCAGGCAAGGACAUACCAAAAGAAUGUUGUAAAUAAGAAGAAGCAAGCCAGCAGUUCAUCUGAUCUGAAAUCUUGAUAUAAAAUUAUACUUUUAUAUUGUUCAGUUGUAAAUGUACAUACAGACAGUGUUAAAAUGUUGGAAUUUAGAUGUGCUAAUUACAUGACUUCAUGAGGAAGGUAAAAAAAAACACACCCCAAAAGCAUUGGAGACUUUAUCAUGAUACAUGUAUAAGGUUAUUGUAUGAUUAAAGAAAAGUGACACACAGGAUAUAAAAUCAUGGAGGUUGAAUUAUGAUGCAUCAGUAUUAAAGGGACUGAUUCACGAUUUUCCCCAAAAUUUUGUUUUUCACUUUUAAUGAUCAAAAUCUACUGUCUAAUGUGUUUGAAAGAUUUCACAUGAAAAUUAAGGUUAUACAUUAUCACAGAAGCUCAUUAUAGAGAGUUUAUUAUUUGUUUUGUAAACAAAGAUUGCGGUAUGUUAUUGUUUACGAAAUUUUCAAAAGGAAUGGAUGUCGAUCUAAGUUUAUUAUAUCUUUCACAUUUCAAGCAUUUUUGGGGGUAAAAUGUGUCAUCUAAAAGUUAAAAUUUGUGACUAUGGAAAAUUAAGAUGCAUUAUAUUACAAAAUCAAUAGUUCACUUGUUUGUUUGUUUACAUAUAAAGACUCGAGUCUUUGUUUACAUACCACAGAUUUAAGGCUAAUAUAUAGCUUUCAUUCUUGCAUUUUAAAGGUAAAAUUUUGGCUGUCAACAUUAAAUGAGUUAUAUUUUUAAUGUUUAACAUCAAAAAUGAAAAAAAUAUUUUUAUCGAAAAUCGUGAACCAGUCCCUUUAAAGAACAUCAAGAUUAUUUUUAUGCCCCAGUAAUUGGAGAUUCGGGGUCACAUUGUUUUUGGUCUGUCUGUCUACAAAAACUUUUGAAUGGGUGGUGAUAGGCCUUUCAUAUUCCACAUGUGUAUUUUUUGUGACAAGACCUUUCUUUGGGUACUAAAAAUACCUGGCUCUUGUGGUUUGACCUACUUUUGAAAACUGUUAACCUUGGCCAUUAUCAACUUUGCUACUUACAGGGGCAUCAGUGUUUCAUAAAUACAUCUUGUUUUGUUUUUGUUGUUGUUUUUUUUAUACAUAUAUUUAGUAGAAAUUAGAUAUCCACACAUAUAUGAUAUGUACUGAUGGAUUAUUCAUGGUGAAAUUAAAGAGUGAUAAAUCAGGUAUUUCUGUCAAGGUGAAAUACAUGUAGACUGACACUAAAUGAACUGCAAUUUUCUUUUUACUUUGGAAUAAUAAAUGCAUAAGUUCAGAAAUAUGUUGACAUGCCCAUGUACCAAAAUUGCCUUACUUAACACUGUAUUCUGGGAAUUUUUUUCCCUGUGUUAUGAAUUUACCCUUAAUUAAGCAUUUAUUGUACUUGAGGAUAAUUAGUUAAUCCAAAUUUAUCCAUUCAGGAUGAAGUUAAGAUAUUAUAACAAAGGUGAAAAAUUUCUGAUAAACAGUAUUUAUAGUGCCUAAAACUGCAUGCACAAUUUAGUUGUGACAAAUUUAUUUAACGCCAUUAUACCACAGUUGUUUGAUAUGAAUUUAGGAGAGUGUUUAGAAAUAGUUAUCUGUUAAUCUUGUACAUGUAUUUUAUAUAGUUUGAUUGUUAUCUCUUUGUUAGGAAAUUUUUAUCUCCUGUUACUUUACAUUUUAAGUUUUUCGAGCUCUUCCAUUGUGCAGGUCUAGAGUUAUGCUAUGGUUUAACAUUAGACUUGCAUGUUAAUUUGAAUGAGUGUAAUGUAAUUAAGGGCAGAUAAUUAAAGGAGAUCAAUAAAAAAUCCUGUUACAUAUAUGCAGUAUGUUUAUUGUUUAUCAUGUGUAUUCCUGAUAAUGUACUUGUUAAUUUUUAUGUCCGAGUGCUUUGUUAAAUAAGGGGGUUAUGUUUAAACUGUCACCCCUGGUUUGGAAAAUUGUUUAGUUAUCUAUUAUAAUUAAAUAAGUAUGCUCUGAAAUAGUGAAAAUGAAUAUUACCAUGUGCAGCAUAUUGUUUUGAUAGUCAGUAGAUGUAUGUGCAGUAUACUGUUGCUCAGAUUUGCACUGUAAAAAAGAAAAUUGAAGGGGUUCCGAGAACGUAAAGCAAAUGUAUUCAGAUAUUGAAACGUAGCAAAGAUGAUCUAAUUUUAAAUCUAAAAAGACAAUUUUAUUUUAUCCAGAAUUCUCUGUCUUUACAAGUGAGUUUUUCUCAUGGAAGGAUAUCUGGAAUGAAUCUGUUCAUUUUUGAUCAAUUAACUCAAAUUAUGAAUGUAACAUGUCGUUUGCAUUAUGACAGUUUGGUUUAUGAAGUGUUAGCUACAUGGCCUCCCUACAUGUAAGCUUUGGGUAUAGUGUUAGACACAUGGCCUCCCUACAAGCUCUGGGUAGUGUCAGACAAAUGACCUCCCUACAUUGAAGCUCUGGGUAAUGUUGUACACAUGGCCUCCCUACAUUUAAGCUCUGGGUAGUGGGUUAACCCUUUAGCUCAAUAAGUGGAGCAGUGGACUGUCAUACCAGAAGUGUGAGUUUGAUCCUCAGUAUAGGCAAAUACUUUUGUGUUAAAUUUGGCACCCACUUUGAGACCCAAAACAAUUUUUUUUAAAGAAAUUUCAAACAUUUUAAUAACAGUAAACAAACCUGUCUCUAAAUAUUUUACCACUUUAACUAGUUUUGGCUAGAUUAAGGGUUAAAGUCUUUCCUUUUUCAAAUCAUGCCUCAGCAUGACCACACCAUUUAUACAGGGACAUAAUUUGAAAAUAGGGUGGGGGACAGUUUAUUACCUUCUUCUCCAAUACUGUUAGAUCAGGAAUGACAGCGCCUGAAUAUGUAAUAUUUUUAGAUGAAGAAAUCUGUUUGUUCAGAUCAGGGUUACUAUAGGGGUAGCGUGUACCCAAUAUGUCAGAGAAUCCAAAUUUUUUUUCUGUAUAACUGUACACAAAAAAUGUCUUUGAUGCGUAAAAUACUAAACAUUAUUAAAAAGGAUCUUUUUUAUUAGUAAGAAAUGCUUUGUUGCCUAAAGGCUUAAUUACGAAAGAACGAUUGAAAAGUUAGAGCAAAGCAAGUGAGCGUGUGGCUCAUGGGCCUGUUGAAUUUUUUGAUAUUUUUUAAAGAUAUUUUAAUAUAUACAUGUAAAAUAUAAUUCAGACAAAAGUUGUGCCUUUUUGAAUCAUUUAUUUGCAAAGUCUAGCACUAAUGUUGAACACAUUUUGAAUAUGGUGUAUUAUAUUUAAGGGCAUCAUGUACAAACCAUUUAGAGUAAGACUCGUAAAGUUAUUUUUUUAACUUUAAAUUUUGAGGUGACUUAGAAAUGGCAACAAGGUACAAUAGAAUAAAAUAGUAUGAACGUUUUAUUAGGAAUUGAUUACAUACUAGUAUUUGUGAAUCUGGUAGAAUUAUUUUAUUAUACCGUUAUCCUGUAAUUUCAGAAUUACAUGCACAGUGUCAAUUUACAUAAGUACGUUUUUAAAAAACUUCUGGUGGGAAUCCCUUACUGGCUGUAAUCAUUAUCUGCACAGAAUAGGAGACACCUCCUCAACCAAUUUUUUAACUAGGUGAAAAUUGAUUUAGUAAAUAUUUAAAAAACAUGAGAGUUAAUAUGAAGCUACAUGCAGGAAAUAGCAUCAUGCAUCUACAUUUGUAAUCCGGUUUUACAAUAAUACAGAAAAAGGUACGUAACAUUUAAUGUUUCACAACUACCUUUUUGGUCGAACCUGUAUCUUAAUCAUCUUUUAUCAACCAUCUUUGUUAUCUGUCUGCUGAAAUAACCUUAAAUAUAUUUGCUAUGAACUUUUAAGAAAACCAUGAGCAUCUAAAAUACCAAAGUAACUUUUUAUAUUACCCAGUACAACAAAUAUUUUUUAUCAUUAAAGCUAUUUGUAUAUAGGCUUAAAAAUCCAUUUAUGUUGUGGUGUUUUUUUAUCGUAUGGUCAACUAUGAAAGAGGGCGGUUGCUGAGUGAGUGUUUUGUUUAGCCAUAAAUUUAUUUUGAUUCCCAGUGAAACUCUCAAUCUCCAUACUAAAGAACACCCCAGGUACAUCUUAAAAUAUGUUGUUAUAUUAAUUUGCAAAUGGUCUUACUGAAAUGAACAAUACUUUAACAGAUAGGACCUGAUUUAUUUACUGUUUUAAAAUUUCCAAUUUUAAAUUGUUGUCUUUAAAAUAAUGCUCAAGUAAAAAGUUUGUUGGAUUUAAAGUAUCUACCUCAUAAACUGAGGCCUAGUUCGAUCAUCAACUGUAGUAACUGGAGUUGAACCAGAGUACAAUCGAACUGCCUUUGGUUGAAACUGGAAGGGAUGUCACUGCACAUGUUUGGUCUACCACACAGCAACCUAUGCUUACAGAAUGGUGAACUUUGGUAACCAGACAUGUGCACUGAAGGUCCCAAAGCAAGCUAGGCAUGCGCAAUGAAGUUUCCUAAGUCUGCCAAUGAACAACUACUAUGGUUGAUGAUUGAGCUAGGCCUGAAUUAUGUGAACACCCUGUAUAACAUAUAGACAAUUUGUUUACACAUUUUAAUGAUUUUUGUGUGCAGAGGAGCAAUUUUUUUUCCUUUUGACUGAAAUUUGUUUCAAUACAUUAAAGCAAUAUGAAGUAGAGUACAUUUUGUAUGCUAAUUAUUCAGGAAUAGCAAUAAACUUUCCACAUAGAAAAUUAUAAAUUGAAAGACUUUGAAGUUGGGGAAUCUUUAGUUAUUGCUCAGUAUACUGUACUAAGCUGUUUGUGUAUAUUUCCCCAUACAAAUGCAUGUUAACCUGCAUGAUGAAGUGAUUUUCAAUAAACAUUGAUUAUUUUUUGACAUUUAUUGUGCUAAAAACAGGGAAUAGUGUACAGACAAAUUAAUGUGUGUUAUGAUAAUCAUUGCAAAAUAGAUGUAAAAAAAAUAAUCAUUUAUUACUUAUACUUACAUUUUUUUCUUCAAUGAAAUGGUUUAAUUCUUUGAAAUUUACUGCUUACUGCAUACAUUUAUGUGAAAUCAACAGAACAUCAUCAGCUGACUCAGCCUUUUCUAUACAGGUUGCCUGGUUCUACAACAUGAAGAGCUCAAUAUCUAUCUGUGCAAUGUUAAUUAAGUCCCAGUGUUUUUCCUGGUGGGAGUAACCCUCAUUUUUAUUGUAGAAUAAAAUACAAAGCUUGCUGUGUAGUUUCAUGGGAAAGUACCGCGGACUGUUUAAAUAAUCUGUAUUAUUUUGUAUUUUACAUGUAUGUGAGAUUGAGAAGUAUAUUAUAAUCAAGAUAGUGCAAUAUUUUGAAGUGAUUGUAAUAUACUGUUAACAAAUAUACUACAAUGUUAAUGAUGAAAUUGUAUAUGUAUAUAUUUUAAUCUUUUCUGAUGAAAGUAUGUCUGGUCUAUGCAUGUCUGUCAGUCAGUCAAUAAACUUUUCACAACUUUCACUUGUAGAUUCAGCUUUGUUCAAAUAUAUGAUUUAUGACCUCCCAAGACCCAGGAUUACAGAAAGGAGUGCAAAUUUUUUUUUAAAACACUGGAAUAGCUAAUGAAGAAUCUAUUCCAAAAAUUGUGACUGGGUAAGAGUUGGGCCUAAACAGAAUGUAUUAAUAGAAAAAAUUUGUCUGUCAAAAAAAGGUGCAUUAGAGCACUGCUUUAGAUUAUAAUCUAAUUAAAAUUAGAUGUUAGAUCCGCUCGCGUACUCGCAUACAUUUGAGAAGCGGUAGCGGAUUCAAAACGACUAAUUUUAAUUAGAUUGUUUGUGCUUUAGAAACAGUGAUAGAGUGACCCUGAUAUAAUCUAAGUUCUGCAGCAAUCUAGAUCCUUGCAGAUACACUAAACCUCUAUGGCCUCUUGAAUAUAUAAUGAUUAUCUCUCUUUAAUUUGCAAUGCUAAGAAAUGUCCUACUCAGAUCUUGACAUAUUUAAAAAGUUGUACUCAACAUGCAAAUAUCAUCAAACUAAACAGUGUCGCACACACAAAAUGAGCAAUAUGAUGAAAGAAAUCUAUGGCAAGCCCUUUUACUAUUUAUUUGAAAAAUAAGGUAUCUCUUUGAAUUAAAGAGAUAUCUAUUAAAGUUUUAAAAAAAUGUUUUAUUUAAAGAGGUAUCUCUUUAAGUUAAAGAGAUAUCUCUUUUUGAAAAUUUAAAGAGACAUCUCUCUAACUUAGAGAUAACUCUUUUUACAUUGAUAGAGAGAUAUCUCUUUAUGCUAGAGAUGUAUCUCUUUCUCUUUGAGAUAUAUCUCUCUAGCUGUAAGAGAUAUCUCCCAAAGAGAAAGAAAUAUCCCCCUAGUGUAAAGAGAUAUCUUUUUUAGUUAAAGAGAUAUCUCUUGUUUAAAGACAUAGCUCCCUAGCAUAAAAAUAUGUCUCUCUAACUUGCAGAUAUCUCUACAACCAAUAGAAAUAUCUAGUGUAAAGAGAUAUCUCUAGGUUAAAGAGGUAUCUCUCUUAUUUAAAUAGAUAUCUUAUUUUACGAAUAAAUAUUAAAAGGGCUUGCUAUAGAAAUCACUAUUUUGCUGAAUGAUGUUAUAGGUUAUUCAAGUAUUGAUUCGAGUUUGUAAACAUAAUAUGACCUUGGGUUCAGGGGAGACCACAAUUAGCUAGGAGCACAAAAUUUACCUAGGAAUAUACUACCAGGGAGGGAUUAUUUCUCAAAAAGGAAACAAAAAUUCUAAAUCUAAAAGAGUUUGGGGAAAUGAUGUGUACUAAUCUAAGUUAUGUAAGACAUGUAUAGUGUGCAUUUGUCCAAUAAAAGGCUUGAGGGAGGGAGGGGCACAAGUGGGGUCCAAUGUGAGUCCUAGCUGUUUAAGAACCGAUGAUUUGUGAGCUUUCUUACCCAUGGGUCUCUUGUAAUCACUAAUGAGUUCAUGAUGACAUCAUAUUAGACAUACUUCCAUCCUUGGGUCUGCAAACACCCCCACCCCUUUGUACCAAAAUAUAUAUGGUUUAAUUACCCUAGGUUAAUGGCAUGAAAAAUAAGCUUCAGAAAUACUUAACCGAUAGAAAUGACAUACCAGUGACUACAAUUUGUCAUAGACAGGUGCAUAAAAAGCUUCCAAGAACAAGUCUUGGAGGACUUGAUUAAAAUAAUUAUUCCACCUUUGGUUAUAUACAUGUAUCCACCAUUUUGAUCAGCCGGGUUGGAAGAUUUUAUUUUGGGAGAACAUUUUUUCAUAUGGUAACGUUUAUUGAGCAAUUCACUUUCCAAUUUUUUGUAAUGGUGUGUGUUUUGAUGAUAGAAACCAAAAAUAAUCCAGAUAGUUAGGUACAACUGUACUUCAAAACGAAAUUCUUGAGGGAAAUAGCAUUGGAUUUUUGUCUUGGUUGAAAAAGGGAAAGAAACAGAACUAAUUCUGCACCAAUUUUAAAAAUAAGACUCAAGCACCCUCAUGUACUAAAUGGUACAAUUAAUCAAUUGUCCAAUGAUGAUUGAGAUUUUACAGUCACAAAUAUGUGUUCAAACUUCAUUACCAUUUUAAGAGCAUUGUAACUCAGGUGAGCAUUGUGGCUGAUGGGCCUUUCAUUCCAAAGCUUUUGUGUGACUUACUGGAGAAUUUUUUAAAUAAACAAGUAACCGAA